GGAUACUGGGAGGGUACUGGGGGAUACUGGGAGGAGCCCUGACCCCCCCCGUGCCCCCCCAGAGCAACUGGAACGAGAUCGUGGACAGCUUCGACGACAUGAACCUGUCGGAGGCGCUGCUGCGCGGGAUCUACGCCUACGGCUUCGAGAAGCCCUCGGCCAUCCAGCAGCGCGCCAUCCUGCCCUGCAUCAAGGGCUACGACGUGAUCGCGCAGGCGCAGUCGGGCACGGGGAAGACGGCCACCUUCGCCAUCUCCAUCCUGCAGCAGAUCGAGCUCGACCUCAAGGCCACGCAGGCGCUGGUGCUGGCGCCCACCCGUGAGCUCGCCCAGCAGGUACGCACCAGUACAGACCAGUACAGACCAGUAUAAACCAGUAUGGGCCAG